AUGGCUGGGUCCCACGAUCUCCCUUCACCAACUUCGCCCCGGCGCAGUCGCGGAUUCAGCCUGGGCGGCAAGUCGGACAGGUCGCACGGCUCCGGGCGCAAGUCCUCUUUAACGGAGACGCCCGAGGAGAAAGCCAAAAGAACCCUGCAUACCAAAGCUGAUCCUACUCUCGCCAUGAACGAAGCUCAGCCAGCGGACCCUGAUAUUUCCAAUCCCACCCGCCCUCGAUAUGAACGUCCUCUCGAGACAAUCCGGUCGUUCGAGGCUGCCAUUGAGGGGAGCUACAAUAAUCGACGCAUGUCUUCGUUAGAGUCGAACGGGGGGUAUAGCCGACCGGGCAGCUACUACGGUAUGGCUUCUAUUGGAAAAUAUUCAUUUCGAGUCGAAAAACUGACAUGGUGCUGUGUUAUAGGAGGGAACGCGAAUCACAACAGAUACAGUGACCAAGGGAAUUACCCCUACGGUCGGGGAAGCUAUUCGCGGCCGGAUAGUUAUGUCGAUAAUAACUAUCAAGGUUCCCAGCAAUACAGUCCUCACUACCCAUACAACCAGUACAGAGGACAGCGGCCGCGACAGAACGGCCGGAUGAAUUCCGAGUAUGGGUACGGCGGGAACGCAGCGAAUUUCUAUCCGCAGCAGUCGUACCAGCGUUCCAACGACAACAUGACGGCAGGAUCCGGGUCUAACAACACGGAUCAAUGGGGCAACUCGACCGAUCCCAGCUCGGUUAACAGCUCCAUGGAUCGGCUGCAACAGCAGUUGCAGAACGGCCAGAAACAAGAGUCCCCGCAAGAGACGUAUGGGUUCAGCGGGUUCGGUGACAGUCCGCAACUCGAUACGUCCUUCCAGGAGCACGCGGCGCCGAAGCCGCCUCCUCACGGAGGUCAAAACACGUAUACGAACGGUGCCAAUGCCUAUAGCCAACCACCGCCUCCGCCAUCAAAGAAUGAUACGCCGGAAUCGGCUAACAAUAAAGGCACUCUGAAGAAAAACGGAUCAGAGAAACGGCAGAGCUGGUUCAAGAAGCGGUUCAGCCGGAGCUGA